GCGGCUCGGCGCGGCUGAGGGGGAGGAAGAUGGCGGCGCAGCGUGGCGCUGAGCGGGCGGCGCCGGGAUCGUGUGGGGCUGCGGAGCCGUGUUGAAACGGACCUUAAAGCCCGUCCUGCCGUGGGCAGGGAUACCUUCCACUGCCCCAGGCUGCUCAAAGUCCAAACUGGCCGUGGACACUUCAGGGAACAUCCACAGCUUCUCUGGGCAUCCUGUGCCAGCACCUCCCCACCCUCACAGCCAGGAAUUCCUUCACAAUAUCCCUUCUCUCUUUAGGUUUGUCCGGAAAAUUAAUCCACAAACACCAGAGAUCGUUGAUUUAAAGCAGUUGGGACAGACCUGACUCCUCUCCGUGGGAACUUCAGUCCCGUGUUUCACUCAGCCACUUCAGCUCCACCCCGCCAAAACCACGAGGCUUUUGGAGAAAUUUAGAUCUGUUUGGGACUGAGGUUGAUUAAACUUCCUCCCUGGUGUGUUUUUUUGAGUUUUUCCCUCGUUGCUGGUGCGUGACCAUGGGUUAUUGUGCAGCCCUGAACUGCCACAACGCCACCAGCGGGAUCUACAAGAACAGCUCGGUCAGUUUUUACGGAUUCCCCCUACAAAACAAACCCCUCCUGAGGCAGUGGAUCCAAAACAUGGGCCGGGACAUGGAGACCCCCUCCAGGUACCAGAGCGUGUGCUCGGAGCAUUUCGAGGAGAGCUCCUUCAAGAAUGACCCUCUGAAAAUCGGCAAGAGGCGGCGCCUGCUGAAGGAAGCUGUUCCCAACAAAUUCAUCCUGGGCAUGGAUGGCACCUGGCUCGUGGGGACCCCCCAGGGCUUCAGCACCUCCGGCAGCAAAACCCGAAAACGGACGCGGAAUUCCGAGCCCUGCGGGAACCCUGAGAUGUUUCCUCGGUGGCCACGUCUGGAGGAUUGGCAGAAUGAAUUUCAUAAGCAAUUGCUGAAGGAGAAAUACGGAUCUGUCAUCACAAUGGGAAGAGACUUGUUCCUUGUUCCCAAGACCCGUAUCCCAGUAGGACAGGCAGCGCAGGUCAAGGAUCCCUGGCAUUUGGAGGGAAGGAAAAUUCCUGCCAGCCUCAGCACAGGCCAUGGUGGUGCCACGAUCCAGGCUGCAGGAGGCACACAACUGCAUGGAUCAUCCUCAGGAGCAUCCCAAGCAUCCCACUGCCAAUACUUGGACCAGGGGGAACCAUCGGGGAGCCACCAAAACCCGGCAGCAAACCCGGCAGCAAACCCGGCAGCAAACCCGGCAACAAACCCAGCCACAAACCCAGCCACUCUGGGAAUAGGGAGCAGCAGCAGUGUGCUGGCAGGGCAGGAGGUGGAUGAGUUCAGGCAGUUCCUGCUGGACCACCAGGGCGAGCCCAAGGACGCGGUGGUGCCCUGGUUCAUCUGCACCGAGUGCGGGAAGAGCUUUGCGCGCCACGCGUACCUGCUGCGGCACCAGCGCGCCUGCCGGGGGCAGAGACGCCUGCCACGGCGCCCUCAGAGCACACUGCUGCACUCCCUGCCUGCCUGGGCUAGGAAUGUGCUCUCAGCUCUCCAAGAUCCUGCUCUGCCCAGGGUUGGGAUUUGAGUGCCUUAGAGUGGAGUUGGGGGGAUAAGGCAGUUUUCCAAAAUUGAAUCGCGUUCUGGUUCAAUUUGGUGCUGGCCUCAUGGGCAUUGAUUAGGAUCUGGAUCGUUGCUGUCAUUCUUACCAUGCUCCAUCCAGCUCCUCCUUGGAGCAGGAGUUGGAUAGAGCAGCAUUGGCUGUACCAAAAUGGGCAUUAAAAAAACGUGAUGCACCAAACAACACGUGCUGGAGAGCAUCCAGAGUAGCACAGGGAAACACUGGAAAUCUUCAGGGAUGAAAAAUGAAGAAUUGGGAAUGGGAUUGUAACAUGAUGUUUGAAGCAACUGAUUCCAGGCAUUAUUUCCCCACUUUAGCUGCUCUCCCAUUACUGUACCUGCAGAACUAACUCUAUUUUGGGUUCUAUUUUUAUACUGACCCCAUGUUUUCCUGUGGGGUGAGAUGCUGCUUUGGUUUCCAAAAUUCUGGGGGGAAAAAAAGCAUGGAUAUAUUCU